AUGUCUUUCUCCAACCUUGUGUCCGAUAUUGCGUUUAGAGAUUCCAACGGCGAUGAGCGGGGCUCCCAGAUCUCUCAUGCUCAGUCUCGCACCGCUCGUUCAUAUGCGAGCACCACCGCGACAAGUGUUAGCAUCUCUGGAGACAUCUCCAGCCAACUUCAUGCGGGCUACAGUCACCCAUUAAGCAGAUCAUGGCAAGCAGAGAGACAAUUGACCAAGGAUAUGAUCAUUUACCCGCUUUUCAUCACCGAUAACCCCGACGAGCAGACUCCUAUUCCAUCCCUGCCUAACCAAUAUCGAUGGGGCGUCAAUCGACUUGUCCCAUUCUUGACUCCCCUUGUCCGAAAAGGCCUUCGUUCCGUCAUACUCUUUGGUGUUCCAUUACACCCCUCGGCCAAGGAUGCACUUGGAACUGCCGCAGAUGACCCAGCAGGCCCUGUCAUCCAGGCAAUUCGCCUGCUGCGAUCUCGUUUCCCCCAACUUUACAUUACAACAGAUGUUUGCCUUUGCGAAUACACAUCACACGGCCACUGCGGAAUCCUUCGGGAGGAUGGGACUCUGGAUAAUGCGCAAUCGGUUGAUCGAAUUUCCGACGUGGCCCUGGCCUAUGCCGUAGCAGGAGCGCACUGUGUCGCCCCAUCUGAUAUGAAUGAUGGGAGAGUUCGAGCAAUCAAACUCAAACUGAUUGAAGCCGGUCUGGCCCAUCGCGUACUUUUGAUGUCAUACAGCGCCAAAUUUAGUGGCUGUCUCUAUGGCCCAUUCCGUGACGCGGCUGGUUCAUGCCCUUCAUUUGGCGAUCGCCGAUGCUACCAGCUCCCACCCGGUGGCAGAGGGCUUGCCCGACGAGCGAUUCAACGUGACAUCCAUGAAGGCGCUGAUAUCAUCAUGGUGAAGCCUGCCAGCAGUUAUCUCGACAUCAUCCGGGAUGCAAAGGACCUUGCUGAGGAUAUGCCCGUUGCGGCAUACCAGGUCAGUGGUGAAUUUGCCAUGAUCCAUGCUGGUGCCAAGGCUGGCGUUUUCGAUUUGAAGGCCAUGGCGUUUGAGAGUACCGAAGGCAUUCUUCGCGCAGGGGCUGGAAUUGUUGUCACCUACUUUGCUCCUGAGUUCUUGGAUUGGCUCUAA